GCGCGCGCUCGCGUCGUCGUAGGUGCCCGCCGCCGAGCAGCAGACGCGUCCAUCGGCAACGAACGCUCAAAAAAUAAUCUCGAAAUAUCCGUGCGAUCCAGGUGCAUCGCAAUCCGCCGCCAGUAGCUGCUUGCCGAGAUGGCCGAGGCGGACAAGACGAACCUGAACAUCGACAGUAUUAUCUCGCGAUUGCUGGAAGUGCGCAGCGCCCGACCCGGGAAGAACGUCCAGCUCACCGAGAACGAGAUUCGUGGUCUGUGCAUCAAGUCCCGGGAAAUCUUCCUCAGCCAACCGGUGCUGCUCGAAUUGGAAGCGCCGUUGAAAAUAUGCGGUGAUAUUCACGGUCAGUAUUAUGACCUGCUGCGUCUGUUCGAGUACGGCGGUUUCCCACCCGAGUCGAAUUAUCUUUUCCUUGGAGAUUAUGUGGAUCGCGGCAAGCAAUCGUUGGAGACGAUAUGCCUGCUGCUAGCGUACAAAAUCAAAUAUCCGGAGAACUUCUUCCUGCUGCGCGGCAACCAUGAAUGCGCGUCGAUUAAUCGCAUCUACGGCUUUUACGAUGAAUGCAAACGGCGGUACAACAUUAAGCUGUGGAAGACGUUCACGGAUUGCUUUAAUUGCCUACCGGUCGCCGCCAUUGUCGACGAAAAAAUCUUCUGCUGUCAUGGCGGUUUAAGUCCUGAUCUGCAGAGCAUGGAACAGAUCCGACGACUGAUGCGGCCGACAGACGUGCCCGACCAAGGGUUGUUAUGUGAUCUGUUGUGGUCUGACCCCGAUAAGGAUACGAUGGGCUGGGGCGAGAAUGACCGCGGUGUGUCGUUCACAUUCGGUGCGGAGGUUGUGGGCAAGUUCCUCACCAAGCACGACUUUGAUCUGAUUUGUCGCGCGCAUCAAGUCGUUGAGGAUGGCUACGAGUUCUUUGCCAAGCGACAACUUGUCACACUCUUCAGUGCGCCCAAUUAUUGUGGUGAAUUUGACAAUGCCGGGGCGAUGAUGUCCGUGGACGAAACACUGAUGUGCAGCUUCCAGAUCCUGAAGCCGGCCGACAAGCGAAAGUUUCAGUACGGCGGGCUGAAUGCCGGCCGACCGGUGACGCCGCCGCGUGGCGCUCCCAACAAGAAUAAGAAGAAGUGAAGCGCACGCGCGUAACACCCGAAAAAAAUCACAUUCAUUACUAUAAUUAUAGUUAGAAGAAAAACAAACAGAGAUUCAGCUGCGCACAGCUGCAACCAACGCAACAAACAACAAACGCAAUUGCUACGCGCAGUUGUUGACAUCAUCGUCAUCUUAACCUCAUUUUUAGCCUCUCCUCCCUCGUCAACAAAAACACGAAGUGCAUUCGAUCAUUUUUUUUUUAUCAUAUGCUCUUCUAUUCUUAUUUAAACGCUAGUGUUUAAUGAUUAAUCUAAUUUUAUUUAAAAAGAAGAAGGAAACGAACGAAACGUAUUAUUAUUAUCUGACGUUCUUCACGUUACUGAACACAAGAAUUAAACAUUUACAUAAAUGCAUACAAACAUGUUCCAGUAGGUGUAAAUAAUUUUCUCUAGCGCUAGGGCAACAACGCAUCCGUAUAUAGAAUUUGAAAAACUUCCAAAUGAAACACAUGGUAUACAUAUAUAAGUUGUCUAAUAACAAUAAUAACUGCAAAGAGAUUGUAAAUGGCGGUGCUGAUGACGAUUGGUUGAUAUCUCUAGCCGAAAAUUAACGAUAAACAAUUGAUAAUGAUAGAGUGUACGUAUAACAACCAUUAUUAUCAUAAUCGUAAGCUUAAGUACAUGCUAAGAUAAGUAAUAAACUCGUUUCUAAAUA